UUUGAGGAGUUGUCCUUCUGCCUGACCCGAGUACAAGUGAAGUGGAUGGGCACUAUCGAGCACCCCACGUGGAUCGAGAAUCCGGAGCUGCUGAUCGUACAGGGUUGGAGGACUAAUGAGGAAGGAGAUCUUAUUGGGUUCCUCUUUGGAUCGGUACAACCGGGUCGCCGUCAGUUGAUUGCACAGGAGCUCAUCGCACCGAUCGUGCAAUUGGCAGACGAGCUCUUGCCCGACAUCUACUUUCAGAGUGACAAGAGUCCUGCUCCGUACAUUUUCGAGCGAUCUUUGGAUCGGUACCUUCAGUGGACUUCGUGCUUGGAGGAACCUAGGGACGAGGAUACGCUACCAUCGCGGCAGGAGUAUCUGAAGUCGCACGAGAUCAUCCCUUAUGCCUUCUACCCGAGGGCAGAAGAAGUGGUGAUCAACGACGACGAAGAAGAAAACGACGACAAGGAAAUGUCGGAGGAGGGAAGCCAUAGUGAACGUAGUGAGGGCAAGCUGAGUGAGGAGGAAGAGAAAGAAGAAGGAACCGGGUCCGAGAGGGAAGCCCCGCCGGAGGAAGCGACGCGUGCGGGAACGGAGGCGGAAGAUCCGGAAGCGGCGCGAAAACGCGAAGAAAUUGUCGUUGGGAAGCACCAGUUGGAGUUCGCCAGCGAGACUAACCUGCGCAUCGGUAGCAAUCUGACCAAGGAUCCAGAUCCGCCGAGGCCCGGAGAUGGCGGCCUUACAGCCGCCACCCCAAGUACCACGCGACGGAGAUGGCGCCGAUCCCCCUCCUCCUCCAGCCCCACUCGUCCCCCAGUUUGCCCACGUACUGAUGCGGACGAUAGGCCUUCGUCCUCGGACGCUGUCCCGCCGACCUCUUGAUUUCCUCACCCUCGAGCAGAUCCGUACCCCCAUCACCUUCCCUUCCCAUCCUUUCCAUCCCCAUCUCUUCCGCGACUUCUACUCUACCCGUC